AUGGACGUGAUCCUGAGUCUGACCAAACUCUACGACUUUCACCUGGGGAGUGUUACAGAGAGCACCUUGUGGAGAUCAACAGACUAUGGAUCCACCUAUGAGAGGAUGAAUGACAAAGUGGGAUCUAAGACAGUGCUGAGUUACCUGUAUGUCUGUCCAUCCAACAAGAGAAAGAUAAUGGUGCUGACAGACCCUGAGUUUGAGAGCAGUGUGUUCAUCAGCUCAGAUGAAGGAGCGAGCUAUCAGAAAUACCGCCUCAGCUUCUACAUCCUAAGCCUUCUGUUCCAUCCAACACAGGAGGAUUGGGCUCUAGCCUACAGCCACGACCAGAAGGAUGGGCCUUUGUGGACAUUGAACAUGGAAAAAGUGGACAUGGAACACUCGGAGACAACAUAA